CUUCCAGGUGCCUGCCGGCCGGGCAGAGGGCAGCGGCGCGGUGGGCGCGGCGGGCGCGGGCGGCCCCCGGCAGGUGGCACGGCCUGGGCGCCGGGUCGGGGUCGGGUGGCCCGAGGCUCCCGAGAGCGCCGCGCCCAACGUGCUGCGGAGCCGCCAUGGCGGAGACUGCGCCGCAGCACCUGUCGCUGCCCUCGGGGCUGCUGGAGCUGUGCGCUCUGCUGGGCGCCCCCCGGGAAGGCCUCCGCGGCCUGGAGCAGGCUGCCCAGAGAAAGGGUGUCAAAAGGCAGUCCCUCCUCAGCCCCGAGGUCCUAUCCGUCUUUGUGCCGCCCUUCGUCAGCAAGGAGGAGAGCACGACGGCGGGUGCCAGCUGUGCCAGCCUGGGGAGAGGCAGGAGGCGCUCCUUCAGGAAGCGGCGCGAGAAGCCCCGGGCAGAGCCUGGCAGGGGCCCUGCAGUUGAGCCCGGAGCGCCCACCGAGCCCGAGGACGUGAGCAUCCCCGGGGGCGUGGACCUGCUCGCCCUGCCCCAGCUCUGCUUCCCAGGGGGUCUUUGCGUGGCCACGGAGCCGCAGGAGGACGCAGUGCACUUCCUGGUGCUGACCGACGUGGGCGGGAAUCGGAGCUACGGUGUGGUCGCCCAGUACUACCGGCCGCUGCACGACGAGUACUGCUUCUAUAACGGCAAGGUGCAUUGGGAGCCAUCGGGGCCAACCGGGGGCGCCAGCUGCUUCGUGCCCUUUGCCGUGUGCGUGGUAUCCAGGUUUCCCUAUUACAACGCCUUCAAGGACUGCCUGUCCUGCUUGCUGGCGCACCUGAAGCUCUGUAAGGACUUCGAGGUGGACAACCACAUCAGGGACUUCGCCGCGAGGCUGUCACUGGUCCCCGCCCCACCCCCGGGGCCGCUGCACCUGGUGCUGCACGCAAAGCCACUGCAGGUCGUGUUUCCCGCGCGCGCCGACCCUGACAGCCCCGUCAUCGACCUUGACCUCCACCUGCCCUUGUUGUGCUUCCGGCCGGAGAAGGUCCUGCAGAUCCUCACGGGCAUCCUGACGGAGCAGCGGAUCGUGUUCUUCUCGUCCGACUGGGCGCUGCUGACGCUGGUGGCCGAGUGUUUCAUGGUCUACCUGUACCCGCUGCAGUGGCAGCAUACCUUCGUGCCCAUCCUGUCAGGCCAGAUGCUCGACUUCAUCAUGGCGCCCACCUCCUUCCUCAUGGGCUGUCACCUUGACCACUUCGAGGAAGUCAGCAAGGAAGCCGAUGGCCUGCUGCUCGUCAACAUCGACCAGGGCAGCGUCAUGUACUCAGGGUCCCCCAGCCAGGGUGCGGCGCUCCCCGAUGUUCCGCUUCUCGCGGCCCAGGCCUUCAUCCAGAGGGUGCAGGGCCUCCAGCUGCAUCAUGAGCUGCACCUGGCUCACCUGGCCUCCCCCACAGACCUGAACGCCGGCCGUGCCUGCAGACGGAGCUGGCAGCAGGCGCUCAACUGCCAGAUCCAGCACAUCGCCUUGCAGUUGCUCGUGGCCAUCUUCAGGGAAGUGAAGAAUCACCUCAACUAUGAACACAGGGUGUUCAACAGCGAAGAGUUCCUCAAAACCCGAGCGCCUGGAGACCAGCACUUCUAUAAGCAGGUCCUGGACACCUACAUGUUCCAUUCCUUCCUGAAGGCCCGGCUCAGCAGGAGGAUGGAUGCCUUCACGCAGCUGGACCUCAGCACCCAGUCGGAGGAAGACAGGAUAAACGGGAUGCUGGCGAGUCCCAGGAGGCCAACGGUGGAGAAGAUGGCUUCGCGCAGGGUGUCGCCCCUGCAGGCCGCCCACAGGCGCAUGGUGGUCAGCAUGCCCAACCUACAGGACAUCACACUCCCCGAGCUGCCGCCCAGGAACUCCUCUCUGCGCAUUGUGGAUAGUGCCUCUGCCAGCUGCAGGAGUGGCGUGGGCAGUGGGGCAGGGGCAGCUCUCAACGUGACGCUCAAACCGACGUACACGUUCAAGAUCCCAGAAAUCCACUUCCCGCUGGUGGGCCAGUGCGUGCAGGCCUAUUAUGCUGACUUUGUGGCCCUGCUGAGCAAGGCCAUGAGCUUCCUGGCCCCUGAGAACUCGCUGCUCUCGGCCAGGUACUUCUACCUGCGUGGCCUGGUCCAUCUGAUGCAGGGACAGCUGCUGAGUGCGCUGCUGGACUUCCAGAACCUGUACAAGACGGACAUCCGUAUCUUCCCCGCGGAGCUGGUCCGGGGCGUGCUGGAGUCCAUGUCGGCGCCGCAGCGCGCCCAGGCUGAGCGCACGCCCGAGCUCAGGAGGCUCAUCGGCGAGGUGCUGGCCAAACCCGGCGACGGGCCCAAGGCCGACGACGCUGUGAAAAACUUCGAGCUGCCCCGCACGCACCUGCAGCUGGACGAGUUCGUGAAGCGGGUCCAGGAGUCGGGCAUCGUGAAGGACACCAGUGUCAUCCACCGGCUCUUCGAGGCGCUGACCGUGGGACACCAGAAACAAAUCGACCCCGACACGUUCAGGGACUUCUAUAACUGCUGGAAGGAGACGGAGGCUGAGGCGCAGCAGGUGAGCCUGCCUGCUGUGGUGAUGCCGCACCUGGACAAGAGCGAGUGUGUCUACAAGCUGUCGAGUGCCGUCAAGACCAGCCGCGGCGUGGGCAAGAUCGCCAUGACGCAGAAGCGCCUGUUCCUGCUGACGGAGGGCCGGCCGGGCUACGUGGAGAUCUCCACCUUCAGGGACAUAGAGGACGUGCGGAGCACCACUGUGAUGUUCCUGCUUCUGAAGAUCCCGACGCUGAAGAUCAAGACGCUGUCCAGGAAGGAGGUCUUCGAGGCGAACCUCAAGACGGAGUGUGACCUGUGGCACCUGCUGGUGAAGGAGAUGUGGGCAGGGAAAAGGCUGGCAGACGCACACAAGGACCCUCAGUACAUCCAGCAAGCACUGACCAAUGUCCUGCUGAUGGAUGCUGUGGUGGGCACGCUGCAGUCCCCAGGGGCCAUUUAUGCCGCCUCCAAGCUGGCAUAUUUUGACAAGAUGAAGAAUGAAGUGCCCAUGGCGGUCCCCAAGACCACCGCGGAGACACUGAAACAUAAGAUCAACCCCUCGGCAGGCGAGACCUCCCCCCACGCCGUGGACGUGCUGCUGUACACGCCAGGGCACCUUGACCCAGCGGAGAAGGUGGAGGAUGCCCACCCCAAGCUGUGGUGUGCCCUGAACGAGGGCCAGGUGAUCGUGUUCGACGCCUCCUCGUGGACCAUCCACCAGCACUGCUUCCGAGUGGGCUCCGCCAAGCUGAACUGCAUGGUGAUGGCAGAGCAGAGCCAGGUGUGGAUCGGCUCGGAUGACGCCGUCAUUUACAUCAUCAAUGGGCAUAGCAUGUCCUGCAACAAGCAGCUCACGGACCACCGCGCCGGGGUCACGGCCCUCAUCGCGCCCGAGGACAAGGGCGCGCCCAGUGGGGUCUUCUCCUGCAGCAGGGAUGGGAUGGUCCUGGCCUGGGACGUGAGCACGCUGCAGGUGACCAGCCGCUUCCAGCUGCCCUGUGGCGGCCUCACAUCCAUGCGACUGCACGGCGGCCGUCUGUGGUGCUGCACGGCUGGCAGCAUCAUGGUGAUGACAACAAGUGGCUUCCUACAGCAGGAGCUGAGGAUUGGUGAGAACUUUCUGGAGAUGAGCACUUCCUUCCUGGACUUUGAGCUGCUCCCCGAGCAAGAGCAGCUGUGGGUCGCCUGCACGGGGUACAGUGAGGUCUACGUCUGGAACCUCAGGGACCUGGCCCGGCCGCCCGAGAGGAUCCCGCUGCAGGGCUGCUGUGAAGUCAGCUGCAUGAUCAGGGUGAAGAGGCAGGUGUGGGUGGGCGGCAGAGGCCUGUCGCAAGGGAAGACCAAGGGCAAGAUCUACGUGCUGGAUGGCGAGAAGAGGACGGUGGAGAAGGAGCUGGUGGCCCACGCGGAUGCUGUGAGGACCCUGUGCUCGGCCGAGGACAGGUACGUGCUGAGCGGCUCGGGCCCCGAGGAGGGCAAGAUCGCCAUCUGGACGGUGGACUAGGCAGCGCAGCGACGUGUGGACAGACCGGCGCCAGGCGAGCACCCUGCGCGUCCGGCACGUGACUGUGUGCGUGACCACCUUGACCAAACACCCACCUGUGCUGUCUAGAAGGUUCUGGAAUCCGCUACCAGAGGACAAGUACAGGGGCCAGCAGCUGGGCUGCCCAGGACUUCUAGGUCUCUGUCUUGGCCUUUCUCCUGCUUGUCUAAGAAACACUCCUCGUCAUUCAUUGGCGCUCUCAGGCCCCUGGGCUGGGACCUGGCCGGGAGCAGGUGGGCUGCGGCCUCAUGCCCACU